GUCCUACUUAUUCCUUUGCCACCCGGCAUAAACCACCAAUGAGGCAGAGAAGAAGGAUGAUGAAAAUGCAGGAAGUAAUUAAUUAGCUAAGGAGAGUCAGUCAAGAAAACUGAUGUACUUUCAAGGCUACGAUGUCCUGCUUUGAGAGGGAUAAGAGCAGCCUGGAGAAUGAUGAAGCGUGUUGUGGUGGGGCGGCCGCGUCACAGCUGUCCAACUGUGCGCUGGCCAUGCUGGAGAAAGAGGGCAGCGACUCUGCGCUGAGCCCCACGGAGAGUACCCCCACCAGCCUACAGGGCGGUGCCCCACUGCAAGGCUACGACGUGGAGUUCGACCCUCCGCUGGAGAGCAAGUACGAGUGCCCCAUCUGCCUCAUGGCCCUGAGGGCAGCCGUGCAGACGCCGUGCGGCCAUCGCUUCUGCCGUAGCUGCAUCGAGAAGUCCAUCCGUGAUACAGGGCAGAGGUGUCCAGUGGAUAACGAGGUACUACGGGAAGACCAGCUGUUCCCAGAUAACUUUGCCAAGCGGGAGAUCCUCUCCCUAACGGUGCGCUGCACCAACGUAGGCUGCACUGACAAAAUGGAGCUUCGCCGCCUGGAUGGCCAUGUUACGAAAUGUGAGUUUGCCACCGUGCCUUGUCCGCUGUGCCAGGACGCGGUGUGGAAGAGCCAGCUGGAGAUGCACCAAAGCCAACACUGCCAGCGGAGACCUGUGUCCUGUCCCGACUGUGUAGAGAGCUUUGUUUACGAGGACAGCAAGAUUCAUGAGUCGCUGUGUCCCUUUGCCAACGUGGUGUGUCAGUACUGCGGUAUGGAGCUCAUCAGAGACCAGUUGGAAUCUCACUAUGACACAGACUGUCCGAAGGCUCCGAUUGCCUGUACCUUCAGCACUUUUGGAUGUCGAGAGAUGAUGCAGCGCAAUGACCUGGCGCAGCACAUGCAGGAGUUCACUCAGAUGCACAUGCGCUGCAUGGCUGAGUACCUGCACAGGCAUAGCCUUACCGGGUACACCCAGCCACCUUCUUCUGAGGACCGAGGGGCUGCCGCCGCAGAACUAGGGGCACACCCAGGAGCUAGCAGCAGUGGUGCCCCCUGCCAGUGCUGCGGGGAACUGCAGACCAUGCGGGAGACCACCCAGCAGCUGGAGGGCCGUCUAGUGCGGCAGGACCACCAGCUACGUGAGCUCAGCAUUCAGGCGGGGCUGGUGGCGGAGCUCCGUCGUAAGGUCACCUCGCUGGAGGAGAACCUAAAGGAGCUGGAGGCCAAGCAGUGCCAGGGCGUGUACGUGUGGCCCUUGGAGGGCUUCUCGGGCUACCUACGUACCCAGGCUGCCGGACAGCCUGUUGUGGUGCACAGCCCGGGCUUCUACACGGGCCGGCCGGGCUACAAGCUGUGUCUGCGCCUCCACCUCCAAACGCCCUCGGCACAGCGCUGCUCCAACUACAUCUCACUGUUCGUUCACACCAUGCAGGGGGAAUUUGAUGGGCAGCUGUCGUGGCCCUUCCAAGGCACCAUCCGGCUGGCCGUGCUGGACCAGGGGCCUGAGGGCCAGCACCAUGUGGAGGUGAUGGAGACCAAGCCCGACCUGCAGGCCUUCCAGAGGCCCACCAUCCAGAGGAACCCCAAGGGCUUUGGCUACGUCACCUUUCUGCACUUGAUGGAGCUACAGCAGCGGGGGUUUGUGCACGACGACACGCUGCUGGUGCGCUGCGAGGUGACGCCGCGCUUCGACACCGCCCUGAGGCGCGAGGGGGCGGCCAUGCAGCCCAGAGGGCCCGAGGCCUCGCUGUGAGGACACUUUUAACAUUCCAAGUGACGAGGUCAAUCGCCACCAACGUUAUCAGUACAAAGUAUCAGUUUGCCAUUUCCCUGAGUUGUUGUAUCACACAGGAUCAUUGCAUUGGGUUCAGUCAUGACCAACAUCAUGGGAAAGUGUACGGCUCAGUUGUGGGUUUUAUCUCCAACUCCAAAAGGCUUUUCUUUGCUGUAGCUGUUGAGUGAUGGACUGGAUGUUGGUGGCGAUGAACACCAAGGUUUCCUGCAACAAGUCGAGAGCUUGGGGCUGUAUGGGUUUUAUCUGCAUUUUUGUCAAAAUUGAGUUAUUGACAUUAGCCUUAUUCUGUUCAAUGUUCUCUGCCUAUAUAUUCCUCUAAAUAUCCCAAUUCAUGUUAAGUUCAAAAGAAUACAAGAUAAAAAAAAAAAUGGCUGACACCAUUUAAACCAAUGAGGGUUCAGAACUUUAAAGCUGAUCUCACAAUCAUCUAUUUGCAGACAGAACGAAAGUCCCAAGCUCUGUGUUCCAUCACUGAUCCAGCAAUGUGUCGCAGGCUACUGGGAUUUCAAAAUGUCUUAUGGUGCCUACAUUAGGUUGUAAUAAACAUGACUUUGGUUUCA